GUUUUGUUUUCUCCUUAACUUAAUAAUUAAGUUAACAUUAUCUAUAUAUACAUUUAAUGAUUGGUUACACCCUUCAUUGUGUAGUUCUGUUGCACAAUUGUGCUGAGUAAAUCAAAUUGUUUUGUUUGGGAAGCAAUUACAAUCAGCUAUAUAUAGAGAGAUAUAUAGAUAGAUAGAUAGAUAGAUAGAUAGAUAGAUAGAUAGAUAGAUAGAUAGGUAUAGAUAAUAGAUAUAUAAUUGUAUAGUUUCUAACGCUUGAGCACAUUUAUUUAUCCCUUGAUAACUUCCUUAUAAAUCAAUAUUAAAAUAUUAAAGUUUAUCCAAUAUAUAUAUAUAUAUAUAUAUAGUCAAUAAUAAUCAUCAUAAUAAUAUUAUGAAAGAAAUAGUAGCCAUGGUUAAAGAUGCUGAUAUGAAUCGUGCUAUGCAAGAGGAUGCUGUCUAUAUAGCUGCAAAUGCAAUUGAUGAACAUAAUACUGAACAAGAAAUUGCAAGAUAUAUUAAAAUACAAUUUGAUCAUAAACAUAAACCUUAUUGGCAUUGUAUAGUUGGUGGAACAUUUUCUAGGUAACAAGAAUAAAUAACCCAAAUGUUCAAGUAAGUUGCCAAGUUGUUGUUCUCCAUGUUCAAUUGACAAUUCAAUAUUAGAUCCCCAUUUUUUGUUAUUGAUAAUAUCGAUUUAAUUAGUUUCUUCUUUUUUCCUUCAUUUAAAAAACAAACAAAAAAAAACUUUUUUUUAAUUUUUAGUUUUGUAUCCCAUGAAGCAAAUAAAUUCAUCUAUUUCUUCCUUGGAAAUCAUUCAAUCCUUUUGUAUAAAUCAUUAUAACAUCAUAAUUGUAUUAUAAUAAUACUAAUUAUUUUUUUGUAUUUUUCUAUCAGUUAUGUAACUAUGAGAUUUCAACUAUUACGUAAUCAUGAGAAUAAAAAAUGUGCAAAACAAAAAAAUUAAAAAAAAGGAAAACAACUUGUACAUUUAAUAAUGAUUUCAUGGUGUUACUAUUUUGUUGUUUUUGUCGUUGUUGUUGCUUUUGUUGUUGUUGUUUAGAGUCACCAAUAUGAACAUGAAGAAAACAACAACAAAAAACAUGAAAAAUAUGCAUUUGUAUUUUUACAUCUUCAUUGAUUUUUUUUUUGUUUUUCAAUAUCAUUCCACUGAUAA